UAUAAUUAAGUCUUGUGACCUUUCUGCCCCACAGGACACAACUGGGGGGCUGAACAUGACCCUGUGACCCCUGAGUGUUCACCAGGGCCUUUAAAAAAUGGCUGGUAUUUGAUGCACAGCUUUUCUCUAGAAGGGGACGACAGGAAUAAUUUUUUAUUUUCCCCGUGUAGUAAACGAUCCAUCAGUGCUGUUCUACAGACCAGAUCAGAAUAUUGCUUUAAAGAGCGUUACAAUAUCAACUUUACUAUAGAAAUAGAUGAAAAUUUACAUAAAUACAGAGUGAUGGCCCCUAUGUGUGGAAAUGGAGUUCUAGAUGAACCAGAAGAAUGUGAUAGUGGCGGACUGGUUGAUCCCUGCUGCUCAUCAACCUGUAGGUUUCUGGGAAAUGCAACCUGCAGCCGGAGCAACUCCGACUGUUGUACUAACUGCACUAUGGCAACCAAAGGCUUGAAGUGUCGGCCAAUCAACGAUGACCUGUGUUCACAGGCAGCUUACUGCGAUGGACGCAGCCUUGAGUGUCCGCCAUCACCGCCAAUUGCUGACAAUGUAACCCAUUGUUUAGAUGAUGGAAGGUGUAUAGCAGGCAGGUGUUUAAGCUACUGUGAGAGACAACACAUUAACCUGAAGCCCUGCAGAUGUAUGACACCAGGUCACGAAUGUUUGCGGUGUUGCCAGUCCCCUGAUGGUGUUUGUAAAAGUUAUGGUGAUGGAAAGGAUGUUGUCACUGAUGGCAGACCAUGUUCCUAUGGAUAUUGUCAGACUGGUGUUUGCAUGAAGAGCAGCAUAGACCUUAUUCACAGAUUGUUUUCUGCUAUAGAAAAUUUGGACUCUAGCACACUCAAAAAACUAAUCAAAAGUAACAUAGUUGGGUUUGUGCUAGUUAUCACCCUUAUUUUUUGGAUUCCAGCAAGCUGUACCGUCAGUUAUAUUGACAAACGCCAAAUUAGGAGGUUUAGAAGUUUACGUGCUCCCAGGACAAAGAGCAUUGUUCCUGUAAAACAACUCAGCAACUAUACCAUCAAAAGGUCUUUGAAACGGCGCUCAACACCCAUUGGAACUACGCAAACUCUGGUCACUGGCGUACAAGGUUCAGCUAAAGGCCUGAUCAUGAGAACCAACACUGCUAAUGUGCAUGUUCAGAUGAGACGUCCAAAGUCCACAGCUAAUGUUCAACCUAAGCUGUACAAACCCAAGUCCUCUGUGAUGGGGUCAUUGGUGUACUCACCUGUGUCUGAUGUAACUGCUGCUGAGGCAGCUCUGUACUCACCUAGCACAAGUUUACCUGUUGCUAGCUCACCUGUAUCAGCUGAUAAUGAGACCACACCCUUAUGUUCAUCUACUCCAUGUGUACCUGUUACUAGCUCACCUUUAGAUACACAUGCAUCAGCUGCCCAUGUGACCACACCCCUAUUUUCACCUGGCGGAGGUGUAUCUAAACCAGGUUUACCUGUGUACUCACCUGCAUCAGUGGUGACUGUUGACCUCACAACAUAUUAUCCACCUGAACACAAAACUACAACAAAAUACACCUUUAAAACUCAACAGGAUGAGACCAGUAUGUAAAAACUUGUCUUAACUUUUUAAAAUCCAUUGAAAAAUUAUUACACCAUGUUGUUUUUUAUCUAAAAAAAAAUGUUUUUUUUUUACUGAAUUUAUUACAUUUGUAAUGGAAUUAUUGGUGAUAAUGUAGUUAAC